GCCAGCAUGCCGGCGCAGCAGAAGAAGCUGCUGUUCUGCGCGGCCGGCGUGCUGAGCCUGGCCUGCGCGCUGGGCACGGCCGCGGCCGUGGGCAGCCAGCUCUGGGUCAGGGGCACGACCCUCUGCAGCACCGGAGCGCUGCUCGUCAACGCCAGCGGCCCCGAGCUGCACAAGUUCAUCGGCCACAUCCAGUACGGGCUCUUCUCCGGGCAGCGAGUGCGGCAGUGCGGGCUGGGGGGCAGACCGCUGCGGUUCUCCUUUUUUCCAGAUUUGCUCAGAAUCAUCCCUGCAAGUAUCCACGUUAGUGUCAUUGUCUUCUGCACAGUGCUGAUUGUCUUUGCCCUGGUGGGAGCAGGGUUCUUCAUGUUCAAUGCUUUUGGCAGCCCCUACGAGACGCUGCACGGCCCCGUGGGGCUGUACCUGUGGAGCUUCAUCUCCUGUUCCUGUGGUUGCCUCAUCAUGAUUCUCUUCUCCUCAGAGGUGAAGAUCCACCACCUUUCAGAGAAAAUUGCUAAUUUCAAAGAGGGAACUUUUACAUUCAAGACUCACAGUGAGCAGUUUGCAAAUUCCUUCUGGACCAUCCUGGUUUGCUCCCUGGUGCACUUCCUCAAUGCCCUGCUAAUCCGAUUUGCUGGAUUUGAAUUUCCCUUUUCAAAAUCAAAAGAUUCAGGAGCAACCACAGGAGCAGUUGACUUGAUGUAUUAAAAUGAUGGGAUUUAAGAACAUUUCAAGCAAAGAAAUUUGUCACAAUUACAUCAACAACCACCAGAUGUACCAACUUGUGAAUGAUUGCUCUAGGGAAGGUAAAAAAAGGGAAGUUUCAAAUAAGUGUCAAUAUGGUGUAAGCAGUGAACAAAAGAAGAUGUGCUGUAUGGUAAUGUCUGGAAGGGAAAGCCCUCUUUCUUGGAGUAAGGUCUUAAGACAUUUUUUUCUGCAAACUGUUUAAAAAGUGGCUGGUAUGAAGAAAAAUAGGAAUCUCCAUAGCAUUGCAGUGAAUCUGAAAAGCCCCGUCAAUGGGUUGCAGUAG